ACUAGUGUUCCUGAACGGGAGAGAAACCUGACAAAUCUCAAGGGUGAAACUAACACCUGUUAUUCUUACGUUUUUUUCCCUCUAUUCGCACGGUUCUUCUGGUUUGUCCGCUGGUUAAACAGGUGAACAUCAGGGCGCUGAUGCGUUAGCCAACAUCGUUUACGAGACCCAGGCCUUUGACAUGAUCUUCAAAUACCCAAUCCCUGAACACCUCCGCAAGGUGUCAGACGUGCCUCCCGCCGUCGGUCUUGGACCAAGUCUUUCGGACAUUGAGAUUGAUUCUACGAGCAGCGAUGCAGUGGCCCGCAAGGAAGAGAGGCUGGAGAAGCAGCGCCAGCUUCUCAACCAACAGGAAAAGGAACGACUUGCGGCAUUGGAACGGGAGAAAGACGUAGAGGCUGCACCAAUGGACUCAAAGAUCGCAAAGGCUGAGGAACUGGAGCGCCUUCAAAUUCGGUUCAAGAAGGCAAUGCUGCGGGAGAGUCUGGUCAUUGAGGAGGAGCCCAAUAUCGAUGGCGACGAGAUGUAUAUGAAGGUGUACGCGCCCUUCUGGAGAUUGUGUAUUGAGGCCCAAAGGUUGCGAUACAAGGUCGAGCUCACGCAUAUCCCAACGGAGAAGGAAAAGGCUGCUUCUGAUGCUGCCGUGUCCAACGCUGAGGGUCGGGGAGCCUGGGCCCGUCGUUUCUGGCAACUGAUUCAGCGAUUCGACCAUGUAUCGUUGCCACUUCGCGCCGAGUCGCUACUGUUCAAGGCGAGCAAGCUGAGACAGUACGCUUUGGCAGAGAAGAGCCGUAAGUGGAGUGAUAUUGUCCGUCAUGGCGGAGGAAUCCAGCCCGAUGGAUCGGGUGUGGGGUCCAAUAUGGGCACUGACGGCAAGGACGGAUUCUUCGGUACUGCCCGACGCGGCAAUUUGACGGAGAGCAUUGUUAUCCGCAGUAAGAUUAGGACCAAGCGAGGCGAUCGCUAUGCCCUCAGAACUGUAGUGGAUAAGAAGGCUAUCACGGACAUGUUCACUCUCCAUGACGGCUCCUACAAGUCCAAGGUCAAACCGAUUCCCAACAGACGCACACUUCUCUUCAAUGAAUGGAUCAGGAUACGUCGCCCACAACCGCUGGAGGAGAUCCGAUUCUACUAUGGCGAAAAGAUUGCGCUUUAUUUUGCCUGGAUCGACUUUUACACUAAAUGGCUAGUCUCUGCUGCAAUUGUCGGAUUCGUGUUCUUGAUCUUCGGAUUGAUCAACUACUUUUAUUUGAAGGGGGAUGCCUUUUUGCCCAACAACGAAGUGGGUGCACAGUUGGUGGACAUUUUCGACAAUGCGCUCACACUGCCCUUUACGCUGUUCAUGGCGGUCUGGUCGUCGCUGUUUGUUGAGUACUGGAAGCGAAAGAGCAAUGUGCUCGCGUACCAGUGGAACACCCUGGACUUUGAAAGACAUGAGAGAGCACGGCCGGAGUUCAAGCCGACAGGAACGAGGAUUUCGCCUGUGACAGGGAAGAUGGAGCUGUAUUAUCCGCGGUACAAGCAGCUCAUUUCGAUUAUAAUCAGCAUCUUAGUCGUCUUGAUCUCUAUUGCUAUUGUCAUCGUAUCUGUGGGAUCGCUGAUCCUCCUCAACGUUUGGCUAAAGAACGGACAUGGUCACCUUAAUUCAUAUGUUGUCACUGUCAUUACCGCUAUCUUGAACUUGGUCGUUAUCAUGAUCCUUGGCACGGUCUAUUCAAGGAUUGCAAAGAUACUUACGGACAAUGAGAACCACCGACGAUUGACCCAAUACGAAGAUGCGCUGAUCGUCAAGCGCUUCCUAUUUGAUUUCGUCAACUUUUACUCUGCUCUGGUCUACAUUGCCUAUUUCAAAGACAACAUUGGCAGUACUCUGAUCAACAAAGAGGAGUUUCAUGAUCGAUGUCCAAAUGACUCCUGCAUGGGUGAGCUGACUAUUCAACUGGCGAUUGUCUUUGUUGGUAAGCAAUUCCUGAACCAAUUCCAGGAACUAGCUGUCCCACAGGCCAAGAAGUGGUGGAACCUCAAGAAUGAACUGGCGGAAAAGACAGUGCUCAAGGGCAAGUACAAGGACAAGAAGAACAUGGUGAAACCGCCUCAGUGGGCCAAGGACGACACGUUACCCAACUACGACCCCAGCAUGUUUGAGGAAUAUCGCGAGCUGGUGAUUCAGUUUGGGUUCUGUACACUUUUUGUUACCGCCUUUCCGAUCGCGCCCAUCUUUGCGCUGCUGAACAACGUGCUGGAGAGACGUGUGGAUGCGUACAAGCUGUUGACGCAGCAUCGUCGGCCCAUUGCACAACAUACUCAGGAUAUCGGAAGCUGGAGCAUCAUUCUUAUGCUGCUGACGCACGUCUCGGUGCUGACGAAUGCCCUCCUGAUUGCGUUCCGGUCGAAAUGGAUGGAGAACAAUGUUUUCAUGAAGUUGCCAUGGGUCGCGCAGUCCGGAGACAACAUGUACGCGCUUUUGGCCGUCCGUCUGCUGUUUAUUUUCAUUUUUGAGCACCUGGUGUUCAUUUUCAAAGUGGGAAUCGCCAACUUGGUCCGCGACCAGCCACGCACGGUCAAACUGGCAAUUGAACGCGAGAACUACUACGCGAGGCUUGCGCUGGAUGAUGAGGAGCCUGCAAUGGAUGAGGUGCUCGAAGAUCAUGACACGGACACGGACGAGUCGGAAGACGAGGACAUUUACGAUCUCCAUAAGAAACUACUGGAUGACAACUAUACCAACUACGAGGAGAAGGAUGGUAUUCCUGGCGGCGGCUCGACUUCGCCUUCGGGCGAUGGCAACGACCGUCUGGGGGAUCCUGCAGCCGAUGACGAGGAAGACGAGGAGGAGUUGGAGGCGCUGAUCAAGGCAGGCGGAUGUGGAUGUGCGGCGCAUGGCGACGGCAAUGUAGGAACCGCUAAGAGUGGAUUUGAGGGCACAUGGAUGAGUCGAUUCAAACCCGAUGCGCAGGCGGCGCUUAGACGGCGACAGCAGAGACGCAAGAGGAAGCAGAACGCGAAGAAAGCGGUGGACGAGAUCUAGUGCAUCCGAAUGCCGACCCCAUUUCUGAUUAAUAAUAAACAGCUACAGAACAAUAGACAACUUACGAAAC